AUGGCUGAUUACGGGUUCACGGGGGAGCCAAUAGUUCAUAAGCAUAAGACGGAUCAAUACUGUGCACUGCGAGAACAACUGCGAGCAACGACGACGUAUGGGGCUACGACGCUACGGGGCUACGACCUACGGGGCUACGCCUACGGGGCUACGACUACGGGGGACGGGGCUACGGACCUACGGGGCUACGACCGGGGCUACGGGGCUACGACUACGGGGCUAACCGGGGCUACGACGGGGCUACGACCUACGGGGGCUACGACCUACGGGGCUACGACCUACGGGGCUACGACCUACGGGGCUACGAACCUACGGGGCUACGACCUACGGGGUACGACCUACGCUACGGGCUACGACCUACGGGGACUACGGGGCUUACGACCUAUACGGGGCUACGACCUACGGCUACGACCUACGGGGCUACGACCUACGGGGCUACGACUACGGGGCUACGACUACGGGGCUAACGACCUACGGGGCUACGACCUUACGGGGCUACGACCUACGGGGCUACGACGGGGCUCGACCUACGGGGCUACGACCUACUACGACCUACGGGCUACGACUACGGGGCUACGACCUACGGGCUACGACCUACGGGGCUACCUACGACGGGGCUACGACCUACGGGGCUUACGACCUACCCGGGGCUACGACCGUACGGGGCUACGACCUACGGGGCUACGACCUACGGGGCCUACGACCUACGGGGCUAGACCUACGGGGCCUACGACCUACGGGGCACGACCUACGGGGCUACGACCUACGGGGCUACGACCUACGGGGCUACGACCUACGGGCUAA